AUGCCCCCUCCCACCGCCCCCUUCAGCACCGAUUCUCCCACCGCAUCCUCCUCCCGCGCAUCGUCCCUCGCUGGUCGGAAGCGCCCCAGAGAGUCAGACGGCGACUCCAAGACUCGACCUCGGCGGACAAAGAGCACGGGGGACAGCAAAGACGGACGGACAACCAGUUCUGGUGCAAAGGAUCGGGAGGCCUUCCAGAAGGGGCUCAUCGCUGUCUUUGUCCCGAAAGCACUCCAGGAGUCCAAGCAGGGAAAUCUAUCGCACUACAACGACCUCCUCGCCCACUUCUUGCCCACGCCUACCCAGCCUAUCCCUCUGCUACCACCGCUGCUCCCGCUUCUGCGAGCUGUAUCUGCGCAUGUCUCCCUUUUGGCCCCAGACGUCCACAGCGGGCUGGUCAGUGCAAUCAUCAGCCUCCCAUGGGCCACCGGCGAUGAAAAGUUUGUAAAGACAUUCAUUGGAUUUGCCGCAGUGCUUGUCAGUGCUCAGCCCGGGUGGGCGAAGGAGGUUGUGGGUAUGGCAGUGAAGGGGUUGACUUGGCAACCGACCCAUCCUACUGCGACGUCUCUGCCACGCAGAACAUUCCACGCCCGGCAUCACCUCCUCCUGUCUCACCUGAUAUCCCUGAUUCCUACGCUUCCGAAUGUCAUUCAACCACUUCUCAUCAAAAAUUUCCCAAACAAGCGCGAACCGGAAGUGGCGCAAACGACAUGGGUUAGGAACUGCUGCGAGUUGAUUGGGUAUUGUCCCGAGCUCGGUGGGAGAGUCUGGGGCGAGAUUGUAGGACGGAUGUUGAGAAUAGACGUGGAAAUCACAAAUUCAACAGAGGAUGACGAGGACGACUCGGACGAUGAGAGCGACUCUGAAGACAUGCCACAAUUCCCGAAAGCAUACCUCGACCCUCUCGACCUACCCAUAUCCCAGGACCUCCCUCGUCCACGCUCUCUAUCCCCCGAUCUCCCUGGUUCCCUAGGCGUCGACGAUGAGGACUCGGAGGGCGACCCCGAUCCCGACGACCUGUCCUCUGCAGACGGUGCUGAAAGCGGAGAUUCUGAUGACGAGGGCGUGGAUGACAGAAAAGCGGAGGCAGAGAGGCAAAAGAAGAUUGCCAACGUCAAAUCAAUGCGAGAAAAGCUGGACGGCAUGCUUGUGCACUUUUUCCGGCACAUUUCGGAAUACAUGGGCAACAGCUAUCCGCACUUUUCAGCUGUCGACCUCGCUGCUCAAGGGCUGGCUUCUUCUACUUCAUCAGGCAGAUCUACACCUACUUUUGAGGUACCGGCAUCGCCGUUCGCUCCUCGCCGACCCGUCAGCGAGGCCCAGAGCUUGGCUCAUUUCCAAACCCUGCUCAACCUCUUUUCUCGCCAAAUCCUCCCCACAUCUGCCACCCAACAUAUCCCCUUCCUUCUCUUCUUUACAUCAUCUUUCUCCCCCGCGCACACCGACCUUUUCCUCGGUCUCCUAGUCAGUCAAGCGCUGUACGCCACCAACUCUCAGCCCUCGCCUGCGAUCCCAGGUCUGGGCAAUGUGAGUAUGAACCAGCGUACCGCCGCGACAGUAUACAUCGGCUCCAUCGUCUGUCGUGCGCGUUUCGUCUCCGACUCGCAAGCGCGCACAGUCCUCACCUACCUGCUCGCCUACAUUGACGGUAAACUCCACCAAUCGCGGGUGCUUGCUGGGAAAGGUGUCGAUGAGCUGCCGCUAUUCUAUGCCGUGUGUCAGGCGGUGAUGUUGAUUUUCUGCUUCCGGUGGAAAGCGUUCACGGCUACAGCUGCUGCUGGGGAGGGUGAGGGCGAUGGGAUCGUGGGGGACAUGGAUAUGGAUGGCGAGGAAGGCUUGCAGCCUGGCAGUGGGGAAGAGGGCAAGUGGAUGGCAGACUUGGAUAUUCUGCAGAGAGCCAUCUUUAGCGAUCUGAAUCCUCUUCUCGGAUGUAACCCCACAAUCGUCCAGACUUUCGCCAAGGUCGCUCAAAAAGCCCAAUUCGCCUACUGCUUCUCCAUCCUAGGAGCCAACUCUCAAUCCUCCCACUCUCGAUCCAACUCAUCCCACUCAAUCUCUACCACUGCCAAGUCGAGUUUGCCUCCCAAUGGCAGAAGUAAUUCGGGAUCUGGGAUGGCACGCAAUUCCGCCGCGAGCGUCGCGGGACAUGCGGCACAAACGUUGCCGAGGCAGGCGAGGCAGGUCAACGUAGAGGCUGGGCUGGACUCGUAUUUCCCCUUUGACCCUUACGAUCUUCCCAAAUCGAAAAAAUUUGUGGAAGGGUUGUAUAGGACAUGGGGUGAAGUCGCCGAGGAUCUCGACUCUGAUUCCGAGGAUGAGUCGGACGAUGAGGAGGAAGAAGAAGAGGAUGAAGAGGAGAUGAAUGAGGAUUCUGAGCUGGAGGAUCACCUUCCUCACCGCGGAUUGCCCCUCCCACUCAAGAUUGGGUCGUAUGGAGAUCACAGAAAAAGGGCAUGGGGCGAGAAGAGCAGGGAUAGCGGUCUGAGCACGAGUCUGGAGGGAAUGAGCAUCUCCCCUGGUCGGCUUGGAGUCGAUGCGAGGGGCUAG